CCUGGCAGCUCUGGCCCACCAGGCCCGCCUGGGCCUCCUGGACCCGCGGGUCCCGCUGGUGCACCUGGAAAUCCCGGACAACCUGGACAGCCUGGACCACAAGGAGAACGCGGAAUUUGCCCCAAAUAUUGUGCCCUGGACGGAGGUGUCUUUUUCGAGGAUGGAACGAGACGAUAA